AACCUCCUGCGUCAUCGGUGGGCGCCGUCACGGGAGGCUGGGGCCGCCAUCUUGGUCGAGGGCGGUGUUGCUGCCUCCGCUGACGUCAUCAGCCGGCGCCAGUCCCGCCGUCGGGGCAACUGGGGCGGUUUGGUCGCUCCGGGUACCCCGCGGAGGCGAUGUUAGCGGGCGCGGCGGGCGAUCCGGGGCUGUGUCCCCUGGGCGAGGACAGCUUCACGCGCUUCUCGUCUCAGAGCAACGUGUACGGACUGGCGCGCGGCGCCCAAGGCCGCGGGGAGCUGCUGGCUGCCACUCUUAAAGGGAAGGUGCUGGGCUUCCGCUACCAGGACCUCCGACAGAAAAUCCGCCCGGUGGCCAAGGAGCUGCAGUUCAACUACAUCCCGGUGGAUGCUGAGAUUGUGUCCAUCGACACGUUCAACAAGUCGCCCCCCAAGCAGGGCUUGGUGGUGGGGAUCACGUUCAUUAAGGAUUCCGGGGACAAAGCCAGCCCCUUUCUCAACAUUUACUGUGACUAUGAGCCUGGAUCAGAAUAUAACCUGGACUCCAUUGCACAGAGCUGCUUGAACCUGGAGCUGCAGUUCACCCCUUUCCAGCUGGGCCAUGCCGAGGUCCAGGUUGGGGAGCAGCUGGAGACAGUGUUUCUGCUCAGUGGAAACAACCCUGCCAUUCACCUGUAUAAGGAGAACGAGGGUCUGCACCAGUUUGAGGAGCAGCCUGUGGAGAACCUCUUUCCUGAGCUCACAGACCUGAGCAGCAGCGUUCUGUGGCUCCACGUGUCCAACAUCCCGGGCUCGGGCCGGCGACUCACGGCCUUCGGCUGCCAGAGUGGAUAUGUCCGCGUUGCCCACGUGGACCAGACCACCAGAACUGUGCUGCACACCUGGACGGUCCAGCAGGAUGGACCCAUCUCCCGCGUCGUCAUCUUCAGCCUCCCUCCCCCUGCAGCGGACCCCCCCAGCCCCCAGGGAGGAGGGGAAAGGUGAGGGGGGCUGCCCCCGCCCCCAGAGGAGUACAGCGUCCUGGUGGCCAGUAUGAUGGAGCCCGCCGUGGUGUAUCGGAACGUCCUGUCCCAUGGGCUUCAGGAUCAAGUGCUGCUGCCGGGGAGUGACCAGUUUGACAGCAUCCUGUGUGGGCUUGUCACCGAUGUGGACCUGGAUGGGAAGCCUGAGAUUCUGCUGGGCACCUAUGGCCAGGAGCUGCUGUGUUACAAGUUCUGCGAGGCCCCCAAGGCUGAGGCCGAUUCUGGCUUCUGCCUGCUGUGGCACCGCAGUUUUGCCAGCCCCCUGCUGGCCAUGGAACAUGUGGAUCUGACUGGGGAUGGCCUUCAGGAGCUCGCCGUGGUCUCCCUGAAGGGCCUGCACAUUCUCCAGCACAGCCUAACCCAGGCGUCCCGACUGGUCCUGACCAGGCUUCGGCAGAGGGCCCAGCAGCGCAGACGACAGCCACAGGCACUGGGAGAGGGGCCCAGGACAGCUGAAUACUCCGGCCUUUGAACCCCCUCAUCCAUUCCCCUGUGGCCCAUCCAUCCUCCACUCCAGAAGUUAGGACGUGGGGGAGGGUUAUGCCCAGGGGCCUCUGCACUAGUGGGGUGGGAGGAAAUCUUGGAGGUCAGAUGAUAAGCCUGAGAAGAGGCUGUCCCUCCCAGCCCCACAGUGUCAUUGCCUUUCAGACGAUCUGGGUUCGAGUUCAGUGUAGGAGCCCGAUCUAAUCUGGGACCUGGGACAGUCUGUAAAGUGGGGGUGAUCCUCCCAGUCCACACACACACACACACACACACACACACACACACACACAAAGGGGCGCGGGGUGGGGUGGAGGUAAUGCCUCUGGGGAAGUGAGGGAAUGGGUCCAGUCUCUUUGCAGCCUGGGGAUGAGGAGACCAGCUCAGAAGGGCCCCAGAAGUGACGUUGAGGAGGACGGAACCCGCCUGCCAAGCCGUGGUCAGGAGCUCACUGCCCACACUGGCUCCUCCUCCUUGUCUGGACGUCGGCCCCAUCCUUGCUCCCCUGACCAGCUCUCCACACCUUAGUGCGCUGGUUUCAAGGUCAGAGCACCAGGGUUCGAGACCUUGCUCUGUCACUUACACUGUCUGAGCCUCAGUUUCCCUGCUCUGCAAAAUAAAGGAGUUGGUUUGGAUGAUC